AUGCCACGUAAUUACAGAAGAAAAACGGAUAGGGGCUCCACACCCCUAUAGGAGUUAAUGAUUGCGGUCGCUGAAGUCAAGGGAGGAAAAUCCAUCAGAAAAGUGUCAAAAGAAAGAAAGAUUGAUAGGUCAACCCUUGAUAGGCUGGCCCUUGGCAUAGGCACUGGAUACAAAGGAACCUCUGAGGCGAAGAAGAUAUUUAGGGAAGACAUAGAGAAGAAGCUUGCCGACCACAUGAAAAAACUUCAUUGCCUCACUACAAAGAAAUGCCGUGAACUGGCAUUUGCUGGAAAAAGGAACAUCAUUCCAGUCGCCAGCAACUGGACAGAGAAUGGUUUGGCAGGUCAAGAUUGGUUUGCGAGCUUUAAGAAAUGCCACCAUCUUGCCUGCCAUAUGACUGAAGCAACAGUGGGCUCUGAGUAA